AUGUUCCAAGCUCUUCUUCACGGGAAUGAGUAUCUACAAUUGAGGCCUUUAGAUGGAAUGCCGUUUCUACACUAUAAACGCAUUCAUAGAAGGGCUAUCAACGAGCAGGCGCAUCUUGGUGGUUUCUUCUACGAUAAGAUCGAUUUUUUGGCCAAUAUUGCUCGUGUACGCGCCGAGGCAUUUACUCCACGAAUUAUCCGGAAAGGAUUUUCUGACCGGGGGCUCUGGCCUCUCAAUCCAGAUAUUGUUGUUGAUCCUUUAAUGGAAAAAUGGGAUAUCCAAAUGGGCCAAGAUUUGCAGAUUUUUGAUGGUGACGAGGAGCAAGAUAUCCCAAGUUCACCCACUAAUGCUUCAUUUUCUCCGCCAACUACUGCGUACAAGCUUCAAAAAUCUAUUGCUAAGGUUGACGCCCAGCUAAAUGACCUUAAUAAAGCGAUUCCUGGAAUCCGGAGGAAUCUGAAAAAGAUUUUUGACGGAAGUCUUACGCAGGCCCAUAUCAAGGAUGAACAACAAGAGCAAAUUGACCGCCUCCAAACGCUCAAUGAACGCAAAUCCGCUAAAAAAACUAAACGCCAGGUGCAAGUUGGAGGCAUUCUCUCUGUAGCAGAUGCGAAUAGAGCCAUCAAAAAGCGUGCUACAGCUGAGGAAAAGAAGGCUGAGAGGAAAAGGCUCAAGGAGCUACGAAAUGCGCCAUUGGGAUCAAUGCCUCCCCCGCUUACAACAGACGACGAGGCGGCGAUUGAUCGUAAUACUAUAUUGAAUCUGGUCGAGCAGGCUUACCCGAGACGCUCUGAUCCAAAUUUAAUUCGUUGA